UUUGACAUUGAACGCUUGUUAUUGUUUGUUGUUAUAAUUCUCUUGCUUUUUGCGAAUACAGAAAACUAAACGGUUGUUAAAUUCGAUUAAGCAAAAAAUAAGAAUAACUUUAUAUUGAUUUUAUGCAAUGUAACUAGUACCUUUUUUCACUAAGAUGCGGUGGUUGUUACCUCUUAGGAUUACCAUUAGGGACUGUUUCAUUUUAAUUUUAUUAAUUAUAUUUAAUACAAUACAUGUAACUGAUAUGGCUAAUAACAACAUGGAUAUACAAAGUAAGGAAAAUAGGUUAAAAGGAGAUACAGGAGACAAAGCUAUUAACUUCAGCGGCAGUGAUGAUUAUUUAAAAAGUUGUCCAACAUUAGAACAAGAAGUUCCAGAUUGUGCUGUACUCAAUUAUCCUUGCAUAACUUGUGACAGAAGUGUUGACUGUAUCUAUGGAAACUUGUAUAACUAUACUUGUUUUGUAAAACCAAAAAUUGUAUGCAAUGGUUCCAAGACAUUUAACAGAACAUCUGUGUGUCGGUUUUGCUAUCAAACAGACAAAUGGGAACAUCGAUGCGAUCAAAAAGCUAAUUGCAAUUCUUUGGCAUCACCUUUGAAAUUUUAUACAACAAACUGUACUGUAUCAGAUGAUAUUAUUUGCUUGGGUAAACGAAGAUUCUUGAAGAAAAUAAGAUGUUCAUGGACAGCAGGAACACGGUGGGGCACAGCUCUUAUACUUGCAUUAACAUUGGGUGGCUUUGGUGCAGACAGGUUUUAUCUUGGACAUUGGCAAGAGGGGAUAGGAAAACUUUUUAGUUUUGGUGGAUUAGGAGUAUGGACAUUAGUUGAUGCUUUGUUGAUUGGAAUUCACCACCUUGGGCCUGCCGAUGGCUCAUUGUAUAUCUAAGACUCAUUAUAAUAUUUAAGAUUUAAUAAUGAUUUACAAAACUAUUGUAAUUUAUCAACAGAGAUUAAAAACUACACACAAUAUGUCUCCUUUUAUGAAAAAAUUAACAGAAUACAUCUGUGUAACACCUAUUUUUAGUUUAAAAAUAUAAAUUGAGAAAUAAAAGCCUAAAUAUAUAUAUCGUUCAUUUAUUCUUAAACAUUUGUUUGCUAACAAAUAUUUUUUAACAUUACAAGAUUAUAAUGUAUAUAAAAGGAAUGACUGUUUAAUUUUGUGUUUUUAGAAAUCACACUUAAGAAAAUAGUUUAUUAUCUCUUAAAUUAUAAAAGUUUAGUCUUUCUCUUAUAAAUUGUACAUUGAUUAUGAAGUGCAGUUUUCAUAAACCAGCUCACAAAGAUCAGCUUUGUUUAGACUUUUUGAGAAGGUAAUGUUUCUUUCUUUUAAUAUAUUCUUUAUCUGAGCGACUGUUAAUUUAUCAACAGAUUUAUUUAUUACCAUGUCCUGAACCAAUGUUUCAUUAAUAUCUUCAGUUUUUAUUUUUUUAAUUGUGUUACUUUUAUCAGUAUUGCAUGAUCUUUUUAUUGACAAUACCCCAAAAGGUCCAAACAACUCUUCAAAUACAUCUUCCCUUAUAACCUGAUAUACUUCAGGCUUUUGUAUUGUUGAAUCAACAAAGGGCUCAAGAGAUGUUUCUUGUAAAGCUUUGGCUUCUAUGGCCCUGUAUUGUGACUGUAACUU